UCCAUCCAUAAAUAAAUUCCCAAGUGCAUAUAAAAGAAUGAGUAGUGCAGCAAAUCCUCAACUGGAAAAUUUUGCUCAUUGGGGGCAUUUAUUAGAUUAACUCAUCUUUCAUAAAUGGAGUCAAAAAGAAGAUCACAGCACUCAAAAAUGAGCAUUUUAAUUGCUUAUUUGGUCGCAGUUUCAGCAACAACAUUCUUCAUUCAAUGUGAAGGAAGAAAAUAUGCAGAGAAAGCGAAAGAAGGCAAGACUUAUGUAGGAAUACAAAAUCACCUUAAUAUUGGUGAGCCAUUGGAUUACUCAAGCUUUGAAUUUGAAACAUUUGAAGCAAGUUCUCCCUUCUCUUUACCACCCUACAGUUCCCCCUCACCCCAAAACUCUCCUCCUUUCUUAGCAUUUCCACCACUUUCACCCCAAACACCCUCAUCAAUCCCAACUCCUCCUCCACCAGGUCCAACCCCACCCAUAAACCUUCCACUCCCUCCUACCCCACCAGCUCCACUUUCGGUUCCAGUACCACCCCCUUAUGGGCCAAGCCCACCAAAAUCAGGCCCAAGCCCAAGCCCACCACAACUCAACACUCCCCCUAUGACUUAUCCAGUUGGGCCAGUCCCACCACCACCACCGUCUUCUUCAGGACCCAAUAACGGAACACCCCCUGACCACAAGAAGCCACAAUCUGCAGUGUGGUGCGUUGGGAAGCCCACAGUUCCUGACUCGAUCAUGCAACCGGCGUUGGACUAUGCGUGCGGGACAGGAGCAGAUUGCAAGUCAAUUCAGCCCAAUGGGCCUUGCUACCUACCCAAUACUUUACUGGCCCACGCUUCCUACGCUUUCAACAGUUACUUCCAGAAGGCCAAGCUUGCUGGUGGCACCUGUGAUUUUGGAGGGACCGCAAUGAUCGUCACGGACGACCCAAGUUUUGAAGGAUGCUCUUUCAUCUACAAAUAAAGGCAGAAAAUAGCUAAAUAACUGUUUUAAUAGUUAAAGAAAAAAAACUUUAAUAAUCAAAUAAAGUGUUUUACAUUGCAACUUAAAAGUAUGUGUCUCCAUGUAUUCUUUUUUAUAUUUUUAACAAUUAAAGAGUUAUAAUUUAUUUAUUUUCUCA